AGUGCGGCAACACUGCUACAAAUACAUCAACACAUCAACAAAAUAGUUCGUGUCAUGAGAUAUAACAUAAAAGUUAAAAAUGGAAGCUUGUUUAGCAGUAGAGAAAGAAAUAGAUAAAGUCCUUUCAAAAUUUGGAGGAAUAAAUGAGCAUGCGAAAAGAGUUUUAUCGGAUUUAGUGAAUCAAAUACAAAAUCUAAAAGAAGAAUAUGAUAACACUGAUGGUGACUAUGUCUUGAGCAGUGUACAGCGUGACAUAUUGAAACAAAGUAUGGGUAAAAUCAAAGAUACAGUGUCAAAGAUAGCAACUGAUCAUAGAGAUUUACAUAGCACAGUCUCAAAAGUUGGAAAAGCUAUAGAUCGCAACUUCGUGUCUGAUUUUGCUGCUACAACUCGCGAGGACAGUCUCACCAGCCCUGAAAAAUUACAAUUGAUCAACAAAAUCAUAUGCCAACAUUUGUACCGUCAAGGAAUGCAGGAUGUUGCUGAUGAAUUAGCUAAAGAAUGUGAAGUGAUGCCUGAAGCACAUGAAAAAGAACCUUUGAAUGAAGUAAACCACAUACUGGAACGAUUGAAAGUUAAAGAUUUGGAGCCAGCUCUUGCGUGGGCUGUUGUACAUCGAGAUAAUUUAGAAGCACAAAACUCUCCUCUGGAAUUCAUGUUACAUCGCUUGAAGUUCAUUGAGCUACUCCGUAAAGGAGUUUCUCAUCAAACAGAUGCUAUAUCAUAUGCUAGAACACAUUUCAGGAAGUUUGUACACAGACACGAAAAAGAUAUUCAAACCAUGAUGGGCAUGCUGUUGUACAUACCCAACGGAAUCAAUUCUUCUCCUUAUAGUUGUUUACUUGACUCUGAAAUGUGGAUUGAAAUUCAUGAGUUAUUCAUCAGAGAAGCAUGUCAGUUAUUAGGUGUUUGUGUGAAUAGCCCUCUAACCACUUGCAUAAAUGCAGGGUGCACAGCCGUACCAGCCUUGCUCAAUAUCAAACAUGUCAUGAUGCAACGACAGGUCACUGGAAUAUGGAAUGGAAGAGAAGAAUUACCGAUUGAAAUUGAUUUGGGAAGCGAAGCCAGAUAUCAUUCAGUAUUUGCCUGCCCAAUUCUGAGACAGCAGUCCACAAAAUUCAACCCCCCUAUGAGACUGGUGUGUGGGCACGUAAUAUCAAGAGAUGCUCUCAAUAAACUUUGUAGUGGAAAUAAAAUGAAAUGUCCGUAUUGUCCCAUGGAGCAGACUCCGGCAGAUGCUAGACUUAUAUUUUUCUAACAAUUUCAUUAUCCUGUGGUGGUAUCUCAUGUUUCAGUAUAAAAAUAUUAUUUAAUUAUUUAUAAUUAUAAUUUGUUGUUUAGAUUUGUGAAUAAUAGAAUUUAGGCGUACUUGAAUUUGAUUUUAUAACAUUUGUGAUCUUUCCAGCUAGAAAAGAAUAAAGUUGACUUUUUUACUGAA